AUCACAGAAACGUUCACAGUUUGAUCUUCGAGAAGGGAGAAAGCUGGAAAAAUGGCAAUCCAAUCAAACGACUCAAUACCUUUGACCUCAAGAGAUAUUUUGACUGUGGCCAUCGAAGGAGGUCUGAUGUUGAUUAUCAGUUCUGUUGCCAUAAUGGGAAACUUACUGAUUUGUUUUGUUACGUUUACCAAUCCACGUUUUCACACAGUAUCCAAUGUGUUUGUCGUAUCUUUGGCUAUAUGCUACAUUUUUGCAGCAUUUCUCGUCCUGCCUACAACAGCAGGAACCCUCUUAGCGGGAAGAUGGCCGUUUGGUCAAGUCUUGUGCGACAUUCAGGGAUUUACUUUUUCAAAUUUCAUUUGGGUGUCUCUGUUGACGUUGACAAGUAUGGCGGCAAGCCGAUAUUUCAAGGUAACUCAUAUGGCCUUUUACAACAAAGUGUUCAAUCUUGAUCGGUCCAUUGGAAUGAUUAUGAUUUUGUGGGUCCUUACUGCUGCGUUAUUGGUCGCUCAAAUAACCUUUGGUAGGGCCAUUUUUAGAUUUUCUGCCGAGAAAUUAAUCUGUUACAUGUCCUCAAGCAAGGAAAACAACCAGCAUGAAAACAUCACCAACUCAGUAAUAACGAUGGUGCUUUACACAAUACUGCUCAUUGUGUCGGUCAUUGCAUGGCACGCGACCAGAAGACAAGGCUCAUACAGUCACUCCUCUCCUCAACUGGAAAGAACUAACACUAAAACCGAGAUUGAGUUCAAAAUUCUACUAGAAGAGAGAAGAACAAAUCAAGUGUUAUUGGCAAUGAUCGUGGAGGUUCUUUUGCUAUGGUUGGCGGCUAUUAUAAUCAAGCUGUUAGAGUUGUCAACUCAGUCAUCCAGCUUUCCACGUCAAGUUCAUCUCGCCACUACGUUCCUUUGGUGCUUUGUACCUGCCCUUCAUCCUUUUACGUACGGGAUCUUAUCCAAAGCAUUUGCAAGGAGAGCGAUACGAAUUUUUCACCGGUUGCCACGAUCGAGCAUACGUAGGAAUAAGGUGCACGCUGAACAGGCCGAAGAAUCCGUGUAAUUUGCUAUCUAGAUGAACGAAUUCGAAAACUAAAAUCCGGGUCAGUAAAAGAGAUACCGGUGAUAAGUUGAUAAAAAUAUUCAAAAUAAUAAAACGGGAAUACGAGAUGUUUGUCGAUAGCGUUUCAUAAGCCAAUAUCAAGAGUCAGAGUUUUGUUAUGGUUCUAUUGUGGUUAUUGAAAUAAAUAUUACUUUUUCAAUGAUGUUAUACGUUGGAAAAUAACCUUUUUUAGCUCAGGAAUUAUUUGUCCCUCGUCAUUUACUGUAACCAGGUAAGAAUACAGCUUUGUCACUUACGUACCUAUACAUUUAUAUUUACACUCGCGAUUAAAUUUAUUUCUUACAUUAUCAUUUCUGUACACGAAAGAUUGAUGGGUGCUAAUAAUCUUAAAAUCACAACAACGCACUUUACUAAUAGAUUUGGAGUUUGAAAACUGUCACGACAAAAUUGUAAUCCCUUAUACAAUAUAUCAUCCGUAUUGUAAAUGAAGAGUCGUCAAAGGGAUACACACUGCAUGCCUGAAAGUAUAUCAUCAUCUUGUACAACUAGUGUAAGAUAUAUUUUACUACAAUAAUAAUAUAGAAACAUCAUAUGUACAUUGCUGUGUGAAAUAGGCUGUCUACAGCAUACCCGUGCUGUAAUGAGCUUAAUCAUUACCAUUACAAUUUCCUCAAAUGUGAUUGGUGCAUUACCUGCUUCAUUUUUCACUAAUCAUUCUGUACAGCUGUAAUAGGACAGUUGGCUGUAACCGGACCGUAGAAGAACACAGUCAUACUAGGUCCACUUAGCUAAAUCCAUCAAUCACAGAAUUUAUCACAAUAACCAUAGCAACAACCACUUAUCCAAAGAAAAAGAAGGCAAUUUCCAAAAUGCAAGAAUAUUUAACUAAAGACAUGGUCUCCACUGGAGAUAUUUGUUCUAGGUGUGUUUGUUUCUACGGAAAUUGAAAUGGUUAUGAUUAAUUUGAAACAGGAUUUCUUGUCGUCCAAUUCUGUCAGUAAUCAUACUCGUGAUAAACAAAUCGGACUCCCGCUUCGCGGUCGUCCGAUUUUGUUAAUCACUCGUAUGAUUACAGACCCAAUUGGACUCCACUCGGUCCUAUUACCAUUAUUUAUAACCCUGAUUCGAGCGUCAGUCUUUGAUUUCUGCCUCUAUCAUUUACCUUUUAGCCAUGAAGAUUUACAAACUAAUCAUGGUCAGCUCGUUCGAUUCUUAUUCGUUGUUUCGUGAAAAUUAUUGGUAUGUCAAUUAUAACAAAAACAAACAGUGUGUACAUCUAUUUACAUUUAAGUCUCUAUUCAUGGUCAAUUUUUUCAUCUUAGCCCGUUUCUUAUCACCCUCCAUACUGAUGUAUUCAACAAGUUUUCGUAAGUCGUUCUCAAAGGUUACUUGUUACCUGAUUUAUGAAACUUCAACACCGAGUUUAAUUUUUCUGCUCUUACACUUUUUACGGUUACGUUCACCGUCCUC